AUGAAUGAUACCUCUAGCAUCACUAAUACUGGCAUAUCUCAUAAAAAAAGGAAAACUGGAAAAUCUUGCAUCUUUUGUAGGCGAUCUCAUUUAGUUUGCAGUGGGCAAACACCAUGUCAAAGGUGUAUAAGGAGAGGGAUUUCUCACUUAUGUACUCCCAAUGAUGAAUCGCAAAUAACUGGUACAGUUACACGAAAUAAAGUCCAUUAUGCAAGUAAACUACCUACUUCAAGAAAGGAUAAUAAACAUAGGACUUCAAAUAGUGAACAUUCUACAAGUGAUACAAAUGGUACUUCUAAUACCAUUAAUAGUCUAUUACAGCAAACACCUAUGUUUAUUUCACAAAAUGUGGGCUCUGAAUUUGGUUCAUUGAAUGAAUUCUUAGGAAUGCUAGAUGAUACUCUGUUAACAUAUGAUUUUUACCCAUCACAGAACCAGCUCUUAGGUCCACAAUCAGAAUUGCAAACUCAAUCUCAAACAGAUGAUGUUGUAACUCCUCAGGUAUCUACACAAACAAAUAUAGAACCACCAGUAAUUAACUCACAAUCUACUGCAAUCCAAAAUGGACCACUUCUGCCGCCUUCUGAAGAAUUAUUAUCAAAUAAUUCUAAUAACAUUAUAAAUAAAGUUGAAAAAUUACCAGUACCAUCUACAAAUGUUAUUCCAAUAGGUACGCCUACCAAUAGAUCAAACUCUAUAUCAACUGCAAUAAAUAAAAAUUCUACAGAUACGAUUAACGCAAAAAGAACCAGAGAUCAUUUCUUUUUGACUGCUGCAGACCCAUCAUUUGAAUCGGCACCGGAACAAAGAUUAAGAUUAGUUCUUGAAGCCAAGCAUCAAGCGGGCCUUUUACAGCCAUACGACCAUCAACUCAGCUAUAAGAAAUUUCUUAAUUAUUUGAGUGAAGAUGAAGAAGCAUUAAAUGAUGAAGAAUCUAAAAAUCGUAUUAUCAAGGCUAUUAAUACAGUGAAACCUGCAUUACAAGCUAUUACUGAAUCAUUACAACCGUUAGAACUAUUAUUAAUUGAAGAGAACUUCGAAAGAUUAUUAAUGGGCUAUGAUAGAGUAUUUUCUUCAAUGGCAGUUCCUGCAUGUCUUUGGAGGAGAACAGGUCAGAUAUUUAGGGCCAAUAGAGAAUUUGCCACUCUUGUUGGUUGUAGUGUUGAUGAAUUAAGAGCAGGAUCAAGAUCAAUAUAUCAAUUAUUAACAUUAGAAAGCAAUGUUAAUCUAUGGGAAAAAUAUGCAGCUUUAUCAUUUGACAGUUCGCAAAAGAGCAUACUGACCCAUUGUAAUUUAAAGGUUUGGAAUUCUAAUGUUAAGAAGCCAUGUUGCGUUACUUAUACAAUCGCUAGAGAUUCUUAUAAUAUGCCAAUUUGCAUAAUUGGAAAUUUUAUUCCAGUUUCUGACACAAAUUAA